AUGCCAUCUGUCAAGCUUCACGUUGGCAUAUGCGGAGGCGGCAUGGGUGGACUCGCCGCUGCCAUCGCUAUCGCACGGGCAGGUGCCCGAGUGACAUUGCUCGAGGCUGCACGAGAACUGGGCGAAAUUGGUGCUGGGAUACAGGUGUUCCCAAACGUGUCUCGUCUGCUCAUUCGAUGGGGAGUCGACGAAUUGAUUGGUGACAACCUCAUCGUCGUGGAUGAGGCCAACACAUGGGCUGCCGAUGGCUCUCUGCUGGCUCGUUUCGAUCCCAAGCAGGGUGCAAAACAAUCUGGCUUUCCUCACUGGUUGCUCGUGCGAAGAGACCAUCUACACGCCGGACUCACAGAGUCGGCGCGCCGCCACGGUGUGAACCUGGUCGUCGGUUCGCGCGUCAACAAGUUGGAACACAACAAGGAGGGAGUCAAGGCCACCACCACCCAAGGUGUCGACCACGAAUUCGACCUCUUGAUCGGAUCCGACGGCAUCAAAUCCUUCGUUCGACAACAACUGUUCCCGAACGUGGUGCCCAAGGCCGCUUCGACCGUCGCGGCCUUUCGGGGUAUCCUCUCGUACGAGGAGGUCUUUGCCAAAGUCCCCGACGCGCGACAGUUUCUGAGAAACACCAUGGACGGCUUGAUCGGACCCAAUGGCUACAUCUUGCUGUACCCUCUGUCGGCCGGCACGGAACUCAACGUCGUGACCCUGUUUCAGAUGGACCGUGUCGUCACGACGCCCGAGGACGUCGACAUCAACGAGUUUCGUGAUUUGUACAAGGACUGGAACCCGACGGCCCGGAAAAUUUUGGAGCUGGUCAACUACACCCAAAAAUGGCCGCUCCUCGUCCUCCCGCCCAUGAAAACCUGGUCAAACGAGCACAAAAAUGUCGUCUUGCUCGGGGACGCGGCGCACGCGAUGCAGAACCACAUGGCGCAGGGAGCGGCGACGGCGAUGGAGGACGGGGCGUUUUUGGGCACGGUCAUCGGCGACGUGGUGCGCGGGAACAUCAACUUGACCGAGGCGAUCGGGUUGUACGAGAAGCAACGGAUCCCACGCGUCUGGGUCAAGCAGCAGGCGUCGUUCGUCUCCGGGACCAUCAACAUGGCCACGGGAGAGGAUGCGGCUCGAAGAAACCGCGCGUCCGCACCCGAGGUGAAAGCCUGGAGCCGCAACGUCGUGCACCCGAGUCAGGAAUUGCCUCCGACGUACAAAUCGUGGCAGAUGUACUGUACGCCCGCGAGCGUUCCGGGCAUCUUGUACUACGACGCCGAAGGGGACGCGGACAACGCGGUCUGUGAGUAUCUUCAACAAAAGACGGCCGUGGACGAGGUGACGUUGGUCAGCAGAGGCCUUUGGGACAAGUGGUGGGGGGUCAUUGACGACAAUGGCGUGCCCUGUACAUGA